CGCAAGUUGGUCAGACGAUCAUGAUGAUUGGUGCCUCUCAUUCACAAACUUCUCGCUCAUUCCGAUGCACCCCACACUACUGUGGUUGGUGUGGUACAGGCUCAUCGCUUGCUCGGGGUGCAUCCGCUUUUUGACCUUUUAUAAACCGCAACGUGACGCACUCCAGAUGCAUUCCCAUCAUACCUUUCUACUCAAGCAGUACUAUAGUUGAUUGUGCCUCUUUGCCCUACUAUGGCUGGCUCCAAGAAACCGGUCAAUAUCUUCCGUCUGAGGAACCUCGGCGACCCGAAGGAGAUCUUCAAUUGGAAGCUAUGGUUCGCCGUUCUCUCCUUUGGCCUGAUGGGCGCAGCUCGCGGAGUGGACGAGGGGUUGAUCUCGGGCGCUUUCAACUCCGCAGACUUCAAACGUACCAUCCAUUACAGCUCCUAUAGCGCGGUCGAACAGACCAAUAUCAAAGCGAAUGUGUCCGCUAUGGUGCAGAUUGGGUCGGUCGGUGGUGCUCUUUUUGCUUUCCUCGUUUGUGACCGAAUUGGACGGAUCUGGGCUACUCGUCAACUGUGCGUCUUAUGGAUCAUCGGCAUCGCCAUCUUCAUGGGAGCCAACGGUAACCUGGGUGCGAUCUAUGCCGGUCGGUUUGUGGCCGGGUUGGGAGUAGGACAAACGGUCGUGGUUGGACCCGUUUACCUGGCUGAGAUUGCGCCUGCAUCUAUCCGAGGCUUGUGUACCUGUGUCUUUACCGGAUUCGUCUAUCUCGGCAUUGUGCUCGCCUACUUCACAAACUACGGCUGCCAAGUGAAUCUCGGAGACAACACCCACAAGCGAUGGGAAAUCCCCACCAGUUUGCACAUCAUCUUCGCCGGCCUGAUCAUCAUCCUCUCGUUCCUCCAAUACGAAUCCCCCCGAUUCCUGAUCAAGAAAGGAAACCCCGAACAAGCCCUGCGUAACCUCGCGCGCAUCCGCAACCUCCCACAAGACCACGAGUAUGUCGUGCGAGAGAUCACCGCCAUUCAGCAAGCCCACCAGGCUGAGCUGGAAGCCACCCUGGGCGCCGGCUGGCUUGGCGUCCUCAAAGAGGCCUUCCUCAUCCCGAGCAACCUGUACCGCCUGUACCUGGCCGCCAUGGCGCAGCUUCUGUCGCAGUGGUCCGGCGCCGGCUCGAUCACGCUGUACGCACCGGAUCUCUUCAAGCUCCUCGGCAUCACGGGCUCCAACGAAUCGCUCCUCGUGACCGCCGUCUUCGGCAUCGUCAAACUGGUCGCAGCCAUCAUCUGCGCGCUCUUCCUCGUCGACGUGAUCGGUCGCAAACGCGCCCUCCUGCUCGGCAUCACCCUCCAGGGCAUCGCGAUGGUCUACAUCGCGGCCUUCCUGACGGACGUCCCGCAAAUGGGCAUCGACGACGCCUUCGUGCUCCCCGACUCGAAGAAGGGCAUCAGCCGCGGCGCCAUCGCGAUGAUCUACAUCUCGGGCGUCGGCUGGGCCCUGGGCUGGAACUCGAUGCAGUACCUCCUGACGGCCGAGCUGUUCCCGCUGCGCAUCCGCGCCCUGGCCACCUCGGCCGCCAUGACCCUGCACUUCGUCAAUCAGUACGGCAACUCGCGCGCCGUGCCCAACAUGCUGCUCGGCACCGGCGACGGCGGCAUCACCCCCAAGGGGACUUUCUGGUUCUUCGCUGCGGUGACCGUGCUGGGUGGCGGGUGGGUGUGGUUCAGCGUGCCCGAGACGGCGGGACGGAGUCUGGAGAGUAUGGAUCGCUUGUUCGAGCUGCCGUGGUACAAGAUCGGGCGGUAUGGGAACCGCGAUGCCGAGCAGCGGGAUCUCGUGGUCAGUGAGAAGCAGGAGCAUGCGGAGGAGCAUUUUGGGACGGCGACGCAUGCGGAGCGCGCGGAUGUUGCGGCCAAGGUGUGAGUUCGUUGGUAGGUAUGGGAGGUGGUGUUGCGGUACGGUGGUGGUCUUUCGGCUGAUACCGAAUUCUGGAUGUGUCUAUUGGGUCAUUGCGGGCUUAUUUGGACUGCAUCCUCCAGUGGCUGUCCCUGGAUACUGGUGCUUGGAGCGGGGUUGGAUAAUACGCCGGUUGGUCAUCUUCGUAGGCUUGUUGCAAUCUAAGAUAUCAGUACUGCGCAUACCAGACAAAAUGCAACACAGCUACCUGUGCGUGAGAACCAAUCCUUCGCAGAGCUCCACAUCUACACCGCGGGCCCCU